AUGACCACGUUGAGAAAAAUUUUCUCUCAGCAAUAUCACUCUGACCACGAGAAACGCCUUCUUGUUCGAAUGUACUUUGCUUUGGAAAGAUUCCGCUCAACCAAAAACCCCAGAAUUGUGUUUCUGGAGAAGCUAAAUUUCUUCAAAGAAUUGCCGUCAUGGAAAAUGCAAAUAUAUGAGAUAGCCAAAUGGAUGAUGAAUUUUCAAGAAUUCGCAGAACUUCCACUAGAAGACAAGAUGACAUUGUUCAAAACUUCAUGGACCCUCUGGCAAAAAUUCGAGCGUCUGCAUAUGACAGUGCUGAUCUUUGGAGAGCAGGCCGUUAACGAACGGGUGAUUGUGACGUGCGAGAACGGCGCCAUCAACAUGGACACAGUACAACUUGAAAUGGAACCGUUCAGUGAUCACGAUUCGGAAAGCAUCAAGAGUAUGUUCGAUUACUUCGGAUGCCGUCUAACCGACGAGGUGAGACGACUUCUACUAGAAAUGAAUUUGGAUCGCUUUGAGUUAUCCUACAUCCUCUGCGCGCUUGUAUGGCACGUUGAAGGGAAGAAUAUUCAACCAUCAACGCUUCAACGAGCUGAAAGCGUUGUAGAACGAAUUUCGGACGAGUUGCAUGAACACUACACCAACGAUUUGAAAAUGCCCAACUAUAAAGCUCAGCAUCAUCGAACAAAAGUGAUGGAAUUGGCAAGAAUAUUCGAUGUUUUUAAAUUCGAUUUGUCCGAGAAAGGCUUCCUUCUUUGCUAG